AACCCCAAAGGCAUAGAGGAAAGUGCACAAAAGAAGAAAGAAAUUAGGAGAUGGUAUAUGCUUGGAUUAUUGUAGUGGCCAUUUUUGUAGCCUAUGGUCACUAUGAUAGGGUAAAUGCAACCAAUAACAAUAAUGUGAUUUGGAGAAGAUUACAAGAAGAAGAAAAUUGCAAUUUCUAUGAAGGGAGCUGGGUGAAAGAUGAAUCUUAUCCACUCUAUGAUUCUUUAUCAUGUCCCAACAUUGAUUAUCAAUUUGAUUGUUUGAAAUAUGGUCGUCAAGAUCAAAAUUACCUCAAAUACCGAUGGCAACCUAACAAUUGCAAUUUACCAAGAUGGGAUGGGAAAAUUUUUUUGGAGAAAUUGAGUGGAAAGCAAAUAAUGUUUGUUGGAGAUUCUAUUGGCCAUGACCAAUGGCAAUCACUUGUAUGCUUACUUCAUGCAUCUGCACCUGAAUCUGCAGUAAUACAAUCUGAUUCAGAACAUGCCUCCUUCCACAACUUCACAAUCCCAGGCUAUGGAAUUUCAGUGAUUUUUAUGAGACAGCAAUAUUUGGUUGAUAUUGAUUAUGAGGAUAAAAUUGGUCGAGUCCUAAAACUUGAUUCCAUUAAAAAUGGGGAGUUAUGGAAGAAAAUGGACAUUUUGGUUUUCAACACUUGGUUCUGGUGGAACCGCAACGAUUCUGGAACACCAUGGGAUUAUAUUCAGAAUGGGGAUAAGAUUGUCAAAGACAUGGAUCGUAUUGAAGCUUUUAAGUUGGGUUUGACAACAUGGGUUAAUUGGGUAAAUGCAGAGAUUAAUCCAAACAAGAACAAAGUUUUUUAUCAAGGGAUUACUCCUUCACAUUGGAAGGGUGGUGAAUGGAACGAACCAGAAGUGAAAAAUUGUUCAUUGGAGACAGAACCAUUAAGUGGAUCAAGCUAUCCAAGUGGAUUGCCACCUCAAGUGUUUAUAAUGGAAGAUAUAUUAAAUAAAAUAACCAAACCAUUUCAUCUACUUAACAUUACAACACUCUCGCAGCUCAGAAAAGAUGCACAUCCUAGUAUUUACAAUGGCCAUAGAACCAUGGAUUGUCUCCAUUGGUGUGUGGCAGGCUUGCCAGAUACAUGGAAUUUACUCAUGUAUGCAACACUCAUUACUGAUGAUCAUUGAAGAUGGUAAAGUCCUACAUCGAUUGGAAACAGAAACAAAACAUGUUUUAUAAGUAGCAUGGCUAGUUCGGGGAUUCAUACAUGUAAGUUUUUAGAGAGAGGGGAGAGUGCUAAGGCAUAGAAGAGAACAGCGAAAAUUUUGUCAGAACAAAUAUUCUAGUUAUUAUUAUAUUUUUUGAAAGAAUUUUUGUUAGAUUUUAAUUUUGAUGGUUCUGUUAUGAUAAUUGGUGUAUUAUAGUAAAAUUUUCAAAUGGGCUUGUCGGGCCCGUUUAUACUCGUGGAUUUGAG